AUGUAUGAUAGCUGGGGUAGUGCCAGCGAGCGCUUCGCGGACGGCACGAUUUGUCUGGGUAUUGACCUAGGCACAACAAACUCAUGCGUGGGAAUGUGGUAUGUGGACCGUAACCAUGUGAAAAUCUUUAAGAAUCGUUUAAAUCGUGGUCGCACGACGCCCUCUGUAGUGCAUUUUGAUCCUACAAGUCAAAGUGUGGAUGUGGGUCAAGCAGCUAUUGACCUUGAAACCUCUGAGCCUGUGGGGAACACCAUUCGCUCAAUCAAAAGACUCAUGGGGCAGAAAUAUGAAAGCAAAGCGACUGAUGUGGCCAGGAUCUAUGCUUCGUAUGAAGUGGCGCCCACAGCUCAGAAAAACGUUGCAGUUCAACUUGUACGAGGUCAUAAAAAGGUGCAGGUACAGCCUGAAGAAGUCUCGGCCUACAUCUUGACUGAGCUUAAGACUUCUGCCGAGGCCUAUUUUGACGGUCAAACACGCUUAAACAAUGUAGUUAUUACAGUACCAGCGUACUUUAGUGACGCACAGAGGAAAGCUACGAUUACCAGUGCUUUGAUGGCAGGAUUUAAGGCCGUUAGACUGCUUAAUGAACCUACAGCGGCAGCGAUGGCGUACGGAUUAUUUUUGUCGGGAACCAAGUUAGUGACAGUAUUUGAUUUUGGAGGAGGUACACUUGAUGUGUCGUUACUACGUAUUCAAGAUGGCAAAUUUGAAGUAUUAGGUAUUGGAGGGGAUACGAAUCUGGGAGGAGAAGACAUCAAUAAUUUGGUGCUGGAUCAUGUACUUGAAGUGCUAAAUAAACGUCAUAACGUGAUACGUUCGCAAGUUACUGGAGCAGAUUUAGUGCGUUUGAAACAAGAAGUGGAAAAGCUCAAGAUUCAAUUGUCAGUAGAAGAGUCAGCAGAUGUGAUAGUGCGUGAUCUUGCUGGUGUACCGAGGGUUACAGUCACACUUACACGACGCAAGUUUGAACAACUGUGUGACCCUAUCUGGAAGAAAUGUCUUCGGAUUAUGUCAAGUGUACUAAAGGAAGCACAAGUCGAUGCUGCUGACAUGGACGAAGUUAUUUUGGUCGGUGGAUCGACUAGAAUUCCUUGUUUGCGCUCAAAAAUAUCAAAAGCUUUUCAUGGCAAAGAACUUUGUAUGUCUGUAAAUGCAGAUGAAGUUGUUUGUGAAGGUGCUGCUAUCCAAGCUGCAAUCUUGAGUGGUAUCGAUCAACGCGUGUUCCGUGAUGUACUUAUGAUGGAUGUCCUUCCGCUUCCUAUCGGGCUUGAGACGGCAGAUGGUACGAUGGAGGUGAUUCUCCCUAGAAAUGCACGCAUUCCAACGACAGUGACGAAAUACUUUACGACCUACGAGGAUAACCAGCGUGGAAUAACAAUUGAAGUCUAUGAAGGCGAAAAGGAUAUUGCUAAGGAAAACGAUCACAUUUGCUACUUUAACUUUGCAUUACCUCGGAACAAGAUUGGAAAGGCGGGGGAAUAUUCGCAUCCCGUCACCUUCACAAUGAAUGCAAGCGGUAUUUUACAAGUGCAGGCUGGAAUCCACCAUGAUCUUGAGGAAUCGCCAAUGACGAAGACUGCCAUAUUUAUCAUGGGAGCUUACAUCUUCGCGCUAUUUGCCUUCUACGUGUUUUUUCGCAUUUACUUUGUCAACGAGAGAGAUAUCACAACAUAA